UGCAUAAUUGUGUUUAGCGUUCUCUUAAAUAGGCAAGUAAAUGGACUUCUCUUCAUUGAAUCCAAGCAUGAGUAACGAUAUAACCUAUGAUUUCUCUCCUCUCAUCAAAAUCUACAAAGAUGGUCGAAUUGAGCGGCUCACCGGCACAACCAAGCUUCCUCCAUCCCUUGAUCCCCAAACUGGAGUCGAAUCCAAAGAUGCUGUGGUCUCACAAGAACCAGCAUUGUCCGGAAGGCUUUACCUCCCCACCAAAUCCACCACCAACUCACCCGAUAAAAAACUCCCUCUUCUUGUUUACAUCCACGGAGGCGGUUUCGUGGUUGAAACUGCAUUUUCUCCAAUUUAUCACACCCACCUUAACGUACUAGUUGCUCAGGCCAAUGUUGUUGCUGUCUCGGUUGACUACAGGCUAGCCCCAGAGCACUCUCUGCCAGCUGCUUACAAUGAUGCAUGGGCUGCUAUCAAAUGGGUUGCUUCCCAUUCCGAGGGGAAGGGCUCCGAAGAGUGGCUAAAUCACCACGCAGAUUUUCAGCGUGUGUUUUUUGCAGGUGACAGCGCUGGAGCUAACAUAGCUCAUCACAUGGGAUUGAGAGUAGGAUCCGAGGGGUUGAGUGGUGUUAAGCUGAAUGGCAUUGUGUUGGUGCAUCCAUAUUUUUGGGGAACAGAGCUGAUUGGGGAAGAAUCGGCUCUGCCCCCUAUUGCAAGAGAGUAUAUGGCUGGUUUGUGGCGUGUGGCGUACCCCUCAACAAGUGGAUCCGAUGACCCGUUUUUGAAUCCUGGUAAGGAUCCAAAAUUGGGGGAAUUGGGCUGUGAGAAAGUGCUGGUUUGUGUUGGAGAGAAAGAUGUCUUGAAAGAAAGGGGAUGCAAUUAUAGUGAGGUACUAAAAAAGAGUGGAUGGAAAGGGGCUGUGGAGGUCAUCGAAGCAAAGGGGGAGAACCAUGUGUUCCAUUUGUUCAAUCCCACUUGCGACAAUGCUGUGGCAAUGUUCAAAAAAAUUGUUUCUUUCAUUAAUUAAUCAGGUUUAGGUUUUAUUUGGGAAACAUUGUCCUGCCUUUCUAAUAAGCGUCAUUAAGCCAUCAAAAUGAUGUAUUUAAGGAAAAGCGUCAUCGAUGUGUUUAUUUGAGUGUCAUGGAUGACCAGUUUUGUUGUAGCGUUGCUAUUUCACUGAUUCGAACUCGAUACCUAACUU